CAGAGUGAGAAGCUGUGAUCAGCUGACUGUGAUGCUGCUGUCAGGAGACCUCACGAAACCAUGAACUCUAUCAAGCCAUAGAAACACGACAAAACCCCGCUUUCUACCGGUAACAGCCCCGCCUUUGAAAUUCUGCCUUCCUUUUAGCUUUCCUAAGCUGCACCAGUCAUCUAAAUAUGACAGAGUUUUGGUUGAUCUCUGCACCGGGAGAGAAGACCUGCCAACAAACAUGGGACACAAUGAUGGCAGCCACCACACGAACCAACAACCUGUCCACCAACCACAAGUUCAGCAUCCCAGAACUCAAAGUCGGAACUCUUGAUGUGUUGGUUGGGCUGUCCGAUGAGCUGGCCAAAUUAGAUUCCUUUGUUGAAAGUGUGGUGAAGAAGGUGGCUCAGUACAUGGCCGACGUGCUGGAGGACAGCCGAGACAAAGUGCAAGAGAACCUGUUGGCCAAUGGAGUUGAUCUGGUCACCUACAUUACAAGAUUUCAAUGGGACAUGGCAAAAUACCCCAUAAAGCAGUCGCUUAAAAACAUCUCUGAAAUCAUCUCAAAGCAAAUAACCCAGAUCGACAAUGACCUGAAGAGUCGAGCAUCAGCUUACAAUAACCUGAAGGGAAAUCUGCAGAACUUGGAGAGGAAGAAUGCGGGGAGCCUGCUGACCAGGAGCCUGGCUGACAUUGUCAAGAAGGAAGAUUUUGUACUGGAUUCAGAAUACCUGAUCACACUGCUGGUGGUCGUACCAAAGACAGGAUACACUGACUGGCAGAAAGUUUAUGAAACACUCGCUGAGAUGGUGGUGCCUCGAUCCUCUAAUCUGCUUUAUGAGGACAAUGACAGCGGGCUGUUCAGCGUCACCCUGUUCAGAAAAGCUAUCGACGACUUCAAACACAAAGCCAGAGAGAACAAGUUCACAGUCCGAGACUUUCAGUACAAUGAGGAGGAGAUGAAGGCAGACAAAGAAGAGAUGAACCGCCUCUCCACAGAUAAGAAGAAGCAGUUUGGUCCGCUCGUCCGAUGGCUGAAAGUCAACUUCAGUGAAGCCUUCAUUGCUUGGAUUCACAUCAAAGCUCUGAGAGUCUUUGUGGAAUCUGUCUUACGAUACGGGCUGCCGGUGAACUUUCAGGCCAUGCUCCUGCAGCCCAACAAGAAGACCAUGAAGAGACUGAGGGAGGUGCUCAACGAGCUGUACAAGCAUCUGGACAGCAGCGCCGCCGCCAUCAUUGAUUCGGCGAUGGACAUCCCGGGCCUGAACCUGAGCCAGCAGGAGUAUUAUCCGUACGUCUACUACAAGAUUGACUGCAACCUGCUGGAUUUCAAAGUGUAAUACUUCUUUCCACUCUUGUCCUCCUGUUGAAUGUUGAUUAAGUUAUGUUUGUCCUGGAUCAAACCUCCCCUUCCUCCCACCUCCAGUCCCUUUCUCCUCACUGCCCCCCCCCCCCCCCCCCCCCCCCCCCACAUAUCAGCUGCAUGUUCAUUCCUUGUGGUGCCGAUACUCAAGCUGCCACCACUUCUACAAUCAAAGGGCAAAAAAAAGAAGACAUUUUAAAUACAUUUUUUUUUUUGUUUACAAAUUUGUCUUUCUGUUGAAGCCACACAGAUAAUUAACAUUUUUGGAUGCGAAUCGAGCGAGGAGACAUUGAUGGAGCGCCGCAUACUCACCGUCAUUCCACUUGUGCUUGUGUGUAUUGAUAGCUACAUCUUCUGUAUCGGUGUUCAGAACUUUGUGUUUACAUAUGGGUGGUUUCACCGCGGUACCCAUGGCAACCACAUCUAGCACAUGUUCCGGAAGAUUGUGAAACAAAGGUGUUACACGAUUGUGUGUCGUCUUCUCAAGUUGUAUGUAUUUGCUGUCAAAGAGUUCUUUAUCAGAGUAUUGUGUAAACCACUGAAUAAAUCACAUCAGAUGAGUGUGAGUUGAAGAAUAAAUAUGAG